CGACAGACGGCAAGAGGGAGGCAGCUUGUGUGCAGCAGUGACGUCACGCCCCGUAGCCCAGGGAGGGAGAGGGGGAGGGUGGCUGGCUGCCUGACACCGAGUCGCAAUAGCAAUGGCACCGGAGCAAGAACUGGACUGCCGGAGCUGCCAAGAUAAAACUGCAACAUAUUGAAAGAAACCACCGCCAGCAGAAGCAGACGACUCUUUGUUCUUGGAUCUGUGUGCAGAAAUAACUCAUGUUAACUGGAUCCUAGAAAGCCACCACACGGGAAGCUCUGUCGCCAUUAGAUCUUCAUUUCGCUUCAUUCUCCUCUCUCUAGGUCGUAACGUGGAUGCAAUUUUGAGACCUAAAACUGACCAAAUAGAAGCAAAUAAAGCCAUUAAGUGCACACAGGCACUUUGUACAUUUCUUGCACUUGUGGGUUGAUGAAAGAUUGAAUUGGAAAGCUCAGAUUCCUAUUUUUUUUCCUUUUGCAGGCAUGACAUUCGUGCCAUUUUUGAGACCCUGUUUCUAGACAUAUACAUAAAUAAUGUAGCAUAGAUGUGCUAUGGAAAUAAGUAACUUGUAUCUUGUCUUCAGAUGCAAUGUCGGUUUCUAGUGUAUAAAGUCUUGUCGUCUUACCAUUAGAGUUUUGGUAUCUGAAGGAACUGCAACUAUGGGGGAAGACGGAAGUCCCCCGUUAAAAAAACUGGCAAAGGAGAGUGACGUUAUUGUAGAUGUCCCAAAUGUUGCAAAUAAAGUGAUGGCUAUCAAGAUGGAGAUAGAUGACUUUAAGGAACCAACUACAGAGGAUAAUAAAGACUGUGUAACCAACUCUACCAGUGUACCACUUGGUGGGUCAUCUAAACUGAAUCCUGGACUCAAACACACGCUGGCACAGUUUAAUCUAAGUAGCCGAAGUUCUCUAGGUGGACCCGCUGCCUUCUCUGCUCGAUUUUCCCAAGAAAACAUGUCACCAACAGUGUUCUUGCCUCUUCCUUCCCCACAAAUCCAUCCCGGUCCACUCCUCAUUCCAUCAGACAGUUCCACAGAGCUCACCCAGACUGAACUAGAAGGAGAAUCAAUUUCUUGCUUUAUGGUGGGUGGUGAGAAAAGACUCUGCCUGCCUCAAGUCUUAAACUCUGUUCUUCGAGACUUCUCACUCCAGCAAAUUAAUAUUGUUUGUGACGAAAUGUACAUAUACUGCUCACGUUGUACAUCAGACCAGCUUCACAUAUUAAAAGUUUUGGGAAUUCUUCCUUUCAAUGCCCCUUCUUGUGGUCUGAUCACUUUGACAGAUGCUCAGAGACUAUGCAAUGCUCUCUUGCGGCCACAUACCUACCCACAAAAUGGCAGCUUGCUGCCUGCAAAAAACUCUUUGGCUCAGUUAAAGGAAACGGGUAGUGCCUUUGAAGUUGAACAUGAUUGUUUAGGAAAGUGCCAGGGUUUGUUUGCACCUCAACUUUAUACUCAGCCUGAUGCCCCCUGCAUUCAGUGCUUGGAGUGCUAUGGGAUGUUCUCCACACAGACUUUUGUCAUGCACUCUCACCGGUCGCCAGAUAAACGGACCUGCCAUUGGGGCUUUGAUUCUUCCAAGUGGCAUUGUUAUCUUCACCUGAGCCCAAAGCUUCUGAGUACUCCAGAAGGCAAAAAGACAAAGGUUGUUUUAGAAGAGAUGAAAGAAAAGUUCACCAAGAAGAACCAACCCAAGAGAAUACAACCCAAGACUGAACAUAUACAGACAUUGGAGCUGCCUUCUUGGUACCCAGUUAUCAAGCAGGAAGAUGAUGGCACCAACCGACCACAUUUGCUGCAUCCGAGUUACUAUCUCUACAUGUAUGACAAAGUGGUGGCACCGAAUGUGUCCCUUUCUGCUGGUGUAUCUCAAUGUAAGGACUCCAAACCCCUAAGAAGAGACACAGAGACAAAUAAGCAGUCAGUAGCGGAGUCUGAAAACCAGGCCCGGAGCACAAAACAUAAAUCUGCUACCUCAUACCCUGACCUCUCCAUGGAGGAGCAGGAGAGCGUAGAUCUGAAAACCGAUACACAGUCCAGUAAUAGACAACAAACCAGCUCCAAUGAUGGGGAGAAAGACAAUCCAGUCUGUAAAAAGGAGGAUGUAUGCGAGGAUGACAAGGGCCACAUUAUGGAAGAAGUUGUCAAGACGUUCCUAAAACAACAAGAAAAGUUAAAUUACAUUUUACAGAAGAAGCACCAAAUCCAGAUGGAGGUUGAAAUGCUGAGCAGCUCGAAAGCUGUGAAAGAACUGACAAUGGAGCAGCAGAAUUUGCAGAAAGAGUUUGAAUGUUUGCAGACAGAGCACCUGCAGAAGAUGGAAGAGUUGUACGAUGAGCAGAGAGACCUGGAGGAGAAGCUCAAACAGGUUAAGAAGCAGAAAUGUUCCUGUGAUUCUAAUGCAGAGCGGGAUAAGGAAGCACAGUAUGCAAACCAGUUGACAGAACUGCGGCAGAGGCUGGAUCAGGCAGAAGCUGACCGGAGAGAACUGCAAGAUGAGCUGAGGAGAGAGCGGGAGGCCAGGGAAAAGCUGGAGUUGUUGAUAAAGGAGCUGAAGCUUCAGAUACUGAAGUCAGCUAAGAAUGGUAACGGGGACUAGAAGUUGAAGGUCCCUGACAAGUCAUUAUACUCAAAACAGGGUUUACAUGGUGGCUUGGACUGAAUUGUGAGUGGACUAAUGUGCUGCAUAUAUGGGGAGGGACUGGUUCUGCUUAGAAGUUUGAAGAGCUGCACUGAGCAUGCCUGACAUGGAAUGACUUCACUUAACUAGUACUUUUCAGCUCGCCCAGCUAACUAAGGAAGUUUUCCUACUGGUUUUGAGCUCUGUAAUAUGCAGUAAAGUUAACAUCAAGCUGUGUCCUAGAAGGCCCUUCCUUGUUGGCAUUGCUAAUUGGCUUAUCAGACUCUAAAGAUCCCGUAUGUUGCCACGACUCAUUUUUGUGGAGAUUUAUGAUCUCCAUAGACUCCAGCAUUACAUCAUAACUGCACUUGGUCUCCAUAUGUGUGGCAGCAACUGGACAUCGAUCUACUGUCUGCUAGGUUCACCAUACAAAAUGCUGCUACUUGUUUUAUCUUGGACUGUGUUACUGGGUGUCAUCAAUGUUCUCCAUUGAGUCUUGUCAUAACCUUCUAGCCCUAUGGCAGUACAUUAAUAGUAACCUAAGAAGUCAGUGCAUUUCACCAAAUUCUUCUAUGCAUUCGUCGAUCAUCUUCCAGCAUUCAUACUGUUAAACGUCUUGAGUCUUUGAUAAGCUACACCUUUUACCACCAGUAGACAGCACCAUAUUAUGACAAAGGCUGCACCCAGGCAAUAGACUAGAAUUUCGUAUUUAAACUUUUUCAACAGAAUUUUAUUUUUUCUGUGAAGAAUAUAAUUUCUACUUGGCAAGAAUUUCUCUCUUUCAGUUUCAGGAUUAGUAGAGUGUCUGUAGCCUACUAGCUGCUCUCAAUGCUUUUUUUGUUUUUACACCCAAGAAGUGUAUAAGAAAUGUACCCGUAGUAUUUGCUGAUUUAUUAAUGCUCCUCUGGAAUAAGCAAUAUUAUUUAUAACCCUUCUGUGUCACUUCCCUAGUGUCUGCUUUGUGCAUUUCAAAGAGUGCUCCACAUAAUAAGGUGGACGAUAAAAUCUAUUUAGGUGCAUAGCUCUAUACUGACCAUAGUUGGCCUUAUAUAUCUAUACCCGGUCAGAGAAAUCCAAGCCUGACAACAUGGCAUCCAUUCCGAGUCCAUGAUACCAGUGCAGUUGUAUCAAAACUAAACUGGGAUUGGAUGCUAGGGGCAACAAUACCAUUUUGUCCUAGACCAGUUUGAUAUAUAAGGCCUAGUUCCUGUCCAUUUUAUGUAGAAAAUGUUAUAAAAAGAUGAUUUUAUAGUUCAUGUCUGCUAUUGUGAUAAAAUGGCAGGAAGAGCAAGUCUGGAUUUCUUUGUGUAUUCCAUUUUUCUAGAUGCCCUUUUCCAGGUUGAUCAGUUGGAGAUAACUCUCUUCAUAAAUGGCUUUUAAUUCUGACCACUAUGUGCUGUGGGUGUCUCAAACAUUUAUAUUGGUGCUUAAUCAAAGUGCCUGAAACUUUCUAAGUUGGCCAUUUACAACUCUAGUUGAAGGGGUUCUCCAAGGUUUUGUAAAUUUGACAGGGGGCAGUGCCACUGCUCUGGUCCCCACCUCUCCAACAACUAGUGGGCCUGCAGCUGUCACUUGCUGUUCACUGUCCCCAUGACCCAUGCAGGCAGUGACUAGCCUCAACCAUCAUGUGUCAUUUACGCACUGAGGCCAGUGAUUGGCUGAAGCAGUUAUGGAAAUGAUAAACAUGAUGUCAUCCUAGUGGUGAAUACUAGCAGGACAUUUUAAAGGAAAGUUUUUUUGUUUGUUUUUUCAUUUUAAUUUUACACUACCCGUUGCUCCCUUACAGAAUCUUUGGGAACCCCUUAGUUAGCCAAGAAAGAUUUUUUGGCUGAAAGCCUAGGACAGAUUUAUCAAUGCUAAAGACACAAAUUUAUUUGAGCCCUGUGAUUUAUUUAUUUUUUAUAAAGGUUGCUGCGUUCACCACUGUAUACGUAUGACUUUUCUAAAACUGGCAGGCUAUCUCUAUCCAGCUCGCACCGGUGCUACAUUUGCUCGGCACCAGACAAGUUUGGAAACAUUCCAGGGCCCGCUGCUGCUACUGGUUGUGAUUUUUCAUAGUGUGUGGAUUCUCACACAUAAGGUGAGGGGCCAUUGUACCUCCACUUUUGUAAGACAGUUGGCAGUAAAUAUGCUGCACAGCUGACACUAACCAGCCAUAUCCAUGCCAUUGUAAUACCCUGUAUGAAAGACAAGAUUGUGUCCCAAGAUACCAGAUAACUCCUCCUCACUGUCCUAUGUCAGGCUAGGAGACAAGUGGUUGGAGCGGGAGCCUCCCUGCUGUGCACAGUCGGCAUUAAUCUCCACCCUUUUGGCUAAGCUCUGCUUCCUAGCCAGCCACCGGCCAAAGACAGAAUAGAUCACCAGGGGAUUAACCCCUGUGUUCUCUGCAGGCUUUCUGCAAGAAAAUGUAUAUCUUGUUUACUUUUAGUAUUAAUUCCUAGGUUUAGUGUUCCUUUUAACAGCACUUUUUUCACAUUCAAAGCAUUGCUAAAUCUGCCCUUGUGUUUCUGAGAAUGUAGCUGGCCAAUUCACUCUUCGCUGCUGCAAAUCCUCAUGAAUGUGACAUCACAUUACUAGUAAAACGAUAGGCUUUAUUUUAUGGGUGUAGAACCCAAAAACAAAAUAGCUGCUGUUACCGGCUGGCGGCGGGAUUCUCUUGAAUGAUUCAAAAUAUCAGCAGAAUCAUGGAAUCCUUAAAAUGUAAGAUUACUUCAGUAUAUAUUUUACUGACUAGAAAUCUUUGUGUGGACCUACCUACCUACUUGUCUUUGUCAUGACAAAGCCUGACUCUGUAGAAUGACAGAAGAGUCUAUUACAUUCUCUCGAAACUUCUUUUUAAUACUGUUGACACCUAGGAACGUUACAUACUGCUGAAGCCCAUAGCCAAAGUAUUGUGUUAUCCCACUUGCAAACAUGGCUGCGUUGCCUUCACUACAGGCAGUUCCACAACCAUGGCAUCAUCUCAGAUAUAGUAGUGUGAAACACCAGACUACCCUAGAAGUAGUGUGGAUAUCUGGACUUGCUCUUUAAUACUUAAAUCUGAUUAUUGGUGCAGUCUAAGGAGCCAAGGAUUGUGAAAAAUCUUUGGAAAUCUACUUUUGUACAAACACUCUUUAUGGCACUUUUACAUGAGCAUUUGCUCGUUUGUUGGUCAUUGCAUCAUUCAUACAACACCAAAAAUCGACAGCAUGUGCCACUGACAAUAUGUGUUUCUGGAAGUAUGGAAAGUGAAUGGGGGAAGAAUGAACAUCUCUAAGAUCGUUCUUUCCCCUUUCACUUUGCAUCGGUACAUGUGUGCAAUUUGUGUAUCAUCGAUCAGCAUUCUUUGUUGGCCCGCUAAUGGGCCAUUGUAAUAGGACUCUAAGAUGGGGAAUUGCGUAGUGUGGCUGCUGCUGCUACGGUGCUUUUCCUCUUCUCUGCUUUCUGCAUAUUGGCAAUCUGCUUUAUGCAGAAUAGCAAAGUCGUGUGAGACAGAAUGGUUGGGAAGGAUACACAGCAUAGGCGCUUGUGCACAUGGCCAUAUAGUGGCUCUGUAUUGUUCAGAGCCGUAACAAUGCUGCCUUCGUAUUGAAUAAUAAGGUGAAAAAAAUGAAACCUAGCAAUGAAAUCCUACUUAUUUGAGUUCUAAAGACUUUAAAGGGUCACUGAGUUUUAGUAAAACUUCUGAUAUGUCAUAGAGACAUAGAAAAAGUUUUGCUGAGACCCCACCGAUCCCUAGAAUGAGACGAGAGAAGCGCUUGCAUAGGAAAGGAAGAGAGACAAACUGAAUAGAAAGUCUAUAAGCUCGUCUCCACUCCUUCUCCUCCUCCUUCUAGAGAUCGUGGGGGUCUCGGCACUCAUACUCUCACUGACCAAAAUUUUUGAUAUGUCUGUAUAGCAAAAGUUCUAUAAUAACUCACUGACCCUUUAAAUACCAAUAGUUGUGCACCCUUCAUCUUUUCUUUUAUGUCUCCCCUCAUUAUAUUUAUUGCUAUGCUGUAAUAAUACUCUGUUAUGUUUUUUCAAUUACAAAUUUGUGUUUUUCUAUUUAUUACUAUUAUGGCUGUUGUGUAAAUACACAGUUAUUUAAAUUAGAAUAUUUUUGGCAUAUGAAAUGAUUAUAUAAAUUCAUUAUGUUAUUUUCUACAGCUUAACAUCCUGAAUGAUAAAGGUGUUUUAUUUGUGUUGA